AGACGGAACAGGCAACAGGUCAGAUGGACUAGACCUGCGCGAUUAACGGAAUGUGGUGUUACUAGCACAAGCCUGUAAAAUUACAGGGAAAGAACGGUUCUCCACUACCAACUUCUUUUAUUACCUUGGACUUGAGAAACCUUCAUCUUUACAAUGCCAAAGAGUGACACAUGGCCCGGUGGCGUCACCAUAGGGACGAUCACUGGCAUGGACAGUGUGGGCAGCUGUGACAGUGUUUUCAGUAUGAACUCUGGAUUUAGUGACAAUAGCCUCAAGCACCUGUCUGCUGAGGAGAGGGCAUGUCUCAUGUUCUUGGAGGAGACCAUAGAGUCCCUAGAGACUGAGGAGGACAAUGGACUGUCCAAUGAUGAGCCUGACUGCCUGCCCACCACCGGCAACGUGGCCACCAAGAUGGCCCACCUCUCUGCCUCCAUGGGCCAAAACAAGCUCAACAAUGUAUCAAAAUAUCCCAGUGAUGAGUACGGUUACCUUGUUCCUACUCCGUUCAUCCUGGCCAACAGCACCUCCUGCAUCCUGUCCAAGCCCAGGCCAGGAAUACCCCCAAAUAAUGAGAACUCUCACCCAAAGCCCCAGGUCAUUGCCUUGGACAACACGCCAUCUCAGAGCCAUCCCCCUUGUGUACCCCCUGAGGUCAAUGUUGUGGUGAUACCCCCUCCAUCAAAGCCCAAAGACUACCCUUGUCAGAGACCACCCCCUUCACCCAGGGGCCCUCUGUCCUAUGAGGCCCUAGUGCAGCUGAGGAAGAGUGCGUCCAUGAAGAGAACCCUUCAAAGUGCCACAGCUGAGACCAGAGACUGGAACAGGCAGCCCUCUUCAUCAGCCGUUCCCAUUGACCUGCACCAUGGGAGCACACCCAGAGACCCGUCAGUCACCCCAGCCCAGGUCACACUCCCCCAAGAGCCCAGCAAGCAGAAUGAUAGUCCUCCAGUAGUGUUCCCAAAACCCCCCAAAAUACCCUCCCACAUUGCCCUGAAUACCCAAAAGGUUACAGCCAACCCCACCACAGACUCCAGUGCCCCUUCCUUGAGCUCAUCACCCACUGACAGGCAUUUGUCGGACUCCCAAAAGGUGAGAAAGGAGGCCCUGCAGAAGCUGGGGCUCCUGAGAGACAAUAAUGAGUCCCAACCUAAGUCUGUUACGCCACUGUGCUCCUCCAAAUUUCACUCCACCUGUGACCCAACUUCAGCCAGUGUUGGAGUUAAAGCUCAACCCCACGGUAACUCAACAAGAAGCCAGCCCUCAUCCACCUCCCAAGGACCCAGAGAACCUAGCAGCAGGCCGGUACAAAGCAGCAGCUUCCUCCAUCGCUCUAGGAGUGAGGAGCAGCCCCCCAUACCACCCUCACACCUGACCAAACCCAGUGGGGUCAAAGCUGUCACCCUAGAGCGUUCUGAGGUGGGGCUUGGGACCUACGUGGCCGACCACCGGAAACCUCCCCAGGGUGGACGUUGCACCCCACCUGCUCCCCCCAAAGCCCCAGAGCAGGAGAAAACAACCCUCACUGCCCAGCCAGUGUCCACCCACAAGACCCCGCACUGCCCGGGCUUCAGUGUGGUGAUGGUGCCCAGCAUGGGAGAAGACAGACGAGAGGCUCUUAGGAAGCUGGGGCUGCUGAAAGACUAGGCCCGGAGAGAAGGUAUCUCUUCCCAGUGGUUAAAUGGAUAUAUAAAAGGGGUAUCAAAUGGAACAGACUUCCACCACCGUAGGCAGAGAAGCAGCAUAAAGAGGGAAUUGAAUGGAUUUCUGUACAUAUUUUUUAGCACUGAAUGUGCUGGUUUAUCAGGAAAAUACCUUCUUUCUUCCUUUUCUGUCUGUAAAACCUCUUACUGCAGUUUAGUUUUCAUGUCAGUUGUUUGUUAACAUGAUAUUUGCAAAUUGUUUUUAAAGGAUUUUGCUGUUACAGAAUCAGUCACUGCACACUCAUACAGUAGAUCAGAGAAAUGAAUGCAACAGGCUUAUUCAGAGAGGUUGGGUUAAAUGCGGAAGACACAUUUCAGUUGAAUGCAUUCAGUUGUACAACUGACUGGGUAUCCCCCUUUCCUAUUCAUCAUAUUUUUGGUAUAAUUGCUGUGCAACAGACUGCGUUCAUGGUAUGCUUGAGAUGAGAACAUGUAUUUGACCAUACAUAUUUUGUCUUCUCUAAUGCAUAUUUGUUUUUGGUCCAUAUCUCUAAAGGCCAUACAUGCAAUUGUGUUAGGGCCCAUUGUACCUUUGAGAGGACAUUCUGGGCUUUUCAAUGAUAUCACUUGUGGGGGUGUGACUUGAUUUUUUUUCUGCCUGGUUCUUCAAAAAUGGCAACCAUCACAAUUAGCACAUUUUAUAGUAAGGGUAGCAUUUUUGUGAUUUUGAUAUUCAAAUAGUUUCUAAUAGGUAAAUAUAAUUUCUUCACAUUAAAUAAGAUAUUGUUAAUAAAGUGGACAUCAAGAUGCGCUGUUUUUCACGUUCUGUCCCCAUUUACUGUAAUUGACUAUAAACAGAGUCCCAAAGAAACAUUUAUUCACCCAAAACACCUUUCCACCUGCCUUACCUUUCUCCCCCUCGAUGCACCCUCCUCUCUUACAGACUACUCAUUUUACACAUGCCACUUUCGCAAUGAGAAAGCCUACUCAGCUAUCUGUGUGUUAUCAGAUUAUCUUGGACUGCACCUCUAUGAACUUGUCCUACUGAACAGACCGACCAGUGCUUUCUUUUCUGUGCUGGUCAUUCUUGAUGUCCAAAGAACUCUUUCUUUUCAUUUAACGGUAUAAGAGAAAGGUCAGUGUCUUAUAUAUUGUUGGAAUGCUCUCUGGUAAUUGUCAUAUCAUCAGUAGUACCACUGCAGUUCUCUCUCAGUGAGGUAUUAUUAUAGUGGAGCCGUAUCCAUGUCUGAGCUGAGUACUUUGCAUACGAUGGUGUCACGUCUCGCAACUGAAAGAACCGCGGUCAGUCAAGUCGUAUUGAACAAUAGAUGAAAAAAAUCUAGCCAUUGCCUAAGUGGGAAACACGAUACGGAGAUUCAUCGAUAUUCAGAUGAAAGGGACACACAACCCUGAAUGAUUUUCCAUUGUGAUGGUAAUGUACGUGGUUAGGGACAUUAACUUAAAUGUCAUAUUCAGAAUUGUCAGAGGUACUGGAAUUUGUCUUUUUCUGGAAUGCUAAAUAAAAAAAAUUGCCGAGGAAGCCGGGCUCAGAUUGCUUGUAAAAACCAAUUCAAGUUG